GUUCAUUUUUUGCUUCCCUCUGCUCGUUUUGGUUUAACCCAAUGUAGGGACGCCGGCGCCCCCCUACCCCCACCCCGGGCAUGCGCACCGACAGAAUGGCCGCACCCUUUCUUAAUCUGAUCUUUUACACGGCAGGAGGGGAAAAGAUUCGCCUCCAUCCCACUCUGAUGUAAUUAGGUGGUUAAAAAGAUACAAGGCACGUCAUAUCCCAGUUUAAAAGGGCUGGAAGACUCCGCGCUCCGCACCGCAAGAGCAGGCGGGCGAGCCGGCGUCUCCGAAAACCCCAGAGCCUCUCAAGUGCGCCCAGGCUCUGCGCUAGAAACGGAGCCCGGCCACCGCAACUAAUUGGGGGAGGGAGUCAGCCGCUCAGAAGACUUUUCAUUGGCCCAGAGUCACAGAGGCCGGCAGCUUCUCCCUCUUCCGGACGCUGAGUGGUUGAGGCCGCAAAACAACGCUUAUUGUCAUUGGCUGGACCCUGCUGUCAGUCCUCUCGCGUCUCGCGGCGCGACAGAGCCAGGCGCGGCCUGUAGAGCAGUCUCGAAGCCUGCUGCAGAGAGAAGAUGGCGGUCGCGGUGAGAACUUUGCAGGAGCAGCUAGAAAAGGCCAAAGAGAGCCUAAAGAACGUAGAUGAGAAUAUUCGCAAGCUCACCGGACGGGAUCCGAAUGACGUGAGGCCCAUCCAAGCCAGAUUGCUGGCCCUUUCUGGUCCUGGUGGAGGUAGAGGACGUGGUAGUUUAUUGCUGAGGCGUGGAUUCUCAGAUAGUGGAGGAGGACCCCCAGCCAAACAGAGAGACCUUGAAGGGGCAGUCAGUAGGCUGGGCGGGGAGCGUCGGACAAGGAGAGAAUCACGCCAAGAAAGCGACCCAGAGGAUGAUGAUGUUAAAAAGCCAGCUUUGCAGUCUUCAGUUGUAGCUACCUCCAAAGAGCGCACACGUAGAGACCUUAUCCAGGAUCAAAAUAUGGAUGAAAAGGGAAAGCAAAGGAACCGACGAAUAUUUGGCUUAUUGAUGGGUACUUUGCAGAAAUUUAAACAAGAAUCCACUGUUGCUACUGAAAGGCAAAAGAGGCGCCAGGAAAUUGAACAAAAACUCGAAGUGCAGGCAGAAGAAGAAAGAAAGCAAGUUGAAAAUGAGAGGAGAGAACUGUUUGAAGAGAGGCGUGCUAAACAGACAGAACUGCGGCUUUUAGAACAGAAGGUUGAGCUUGCGCAGCUGCAAGAAGAAUGGAAUGAACAUAAUGCCAAGAUAAUUAAAUAUAUAAGAACUAAGACAAAGCCCCAUUUGUUCUAUAUUCCUGGAAGAAUGUGUCCAGCUACCCAAAAAUUAAUAGAAGAGUCACAGAGAAAAAUGAAUGCUUUAUUUGAAGGUAGACGCAUUGAAUUUGCAGAACAAAUAAAUAAAAUGGAGGCUAGGCCUAGAAGACAAUCAAUGAAGGAAAAAGAGCAUCAGGUGGUGCGUAAUGAAGAACAGAAGGCGGAACAAGAAGAGGGUAAGGUGGCUCAGCGAGAGGAAGAGUUGGAGGAGACAGGUAAUCAGCACAAUGACGUAGAAAUAGAGGAAGCAGGAGAGGAAGAGGAAAAGGAAAUAGGUAUAGUUCAUAGUGAUGCAGAGAAAGAACAGGAGGAGGAGGAACAAAAACAGGAAAUGGAGGUCAAGAUGGAGGAGGAAACUGAGGUAAGGGAAAGUGAGAAGCAGCAGGAUAGUCAACCGGAAGAAGUUAUGGAUGUGCUAGAGAUGGUCGAGAGUGUCAAAAAUGUAAUUGCUGAGCAGGAGGUAAUGGAAACCAAUCAAGUGGAAAGUGUAGAACCUUCAGAAAACGAAACUAGCAAAGAACUGGAGCCAGAGAUGGAAUUUGAAGUUGAGCCAGAUAAAGAAUGUAAAUCUCUUUCUCCCGUGAAAGAGAAUGCCAGUGCUCUAGAAAUGGAAAAUGAGCCUGAGGAAAAAGAAGAGAAAGAAUCUGAGCCCCAGCCUGAGCCUGUGGCUCACCUCCAGCCCCUGCCUCAGUCUCAGCCUGAGCCUCAGCUGCAGCCUGAGCCGCAGCCACAGCUGCAGCCUGAGCCACAGCCACCAUCCCAGCCCCAGCCCCAGCUCCAGCCCCCGUCCCAGCCCCAGCCCCCGUCCCAGCCCCAGCCCCAAGCACUGCUCCAAGCCCAGCCUCUCUCUCAACCUGAGACUUUGCCAUUAGCUGUUUUACAGCCAUCAAUUCAGGUUUUUCAGGAGCAAGGGCAUUUGCUACCUGAGAGGAAGGAAUUUCCUGUGGAAUCUGUAAAACUCACUGAGGUGACAGUAGAGCCAGUCUUAACAGUACAUUCAGAGAGCAAAACCAAAACCAAAACUAGGAGCAGAAGUAGAGGGCGAGCUAGAAAUAAAACCAGCAAGAGUAGAAGUCGCAGCAGUAGCAGUAGUAGUUCUAGUAGUAGUUCCACUAGUAGCAGCAGUGGAAGCAGUUCCAGCAGUGGCAGCAGUAGUAGUCGCAGUAGUUCCAGUAGCAGCUCCAGCACUAGUGGCAGCAGCAGCAGAGACAGUAGCAGCAGCACCACUAGUAGCAGUGAGAGUAGAAGUCGGAGUAGGGGCCGGGGACAUAACAGAGAUAGAAAGCACAGAAGGAGCGUGGAUCGGAAGCGAAGGGAUACAUCAGGACUAGAAAGAAGUCACAAAUCUUCAAAAGGUGGUAGUAGUAGAGAUACAAAAGGAUCAAAGGAUAAGAAUUCCCGGUCCGACAGAAAGAGGUCUAUAUCAGAGAGUAGUCGAUCAGGCAAAAGAUCUUCAAGAAGUGAAAGAGACCGAAAAUCAGACAGGAAAGACAAAAGGCGUUAAUGGAAGAAGCCAGGCUUUCUUAGCCUAUUCUUUGCAGCAGAAGAUUUCUUGAUGAGUAAAAGGAUUACCUUUCCUUGUAAGGAGGAUGCUGCCUUAAGAAUUGCAUGUUGUAAAAAAUCUUUUUGGAAAAUACAGACUGUUUGUUUACCAGACAUUCUUGUACUUUUUGCAUAAUUUUGUAAGAGUUAUUUAUCAAAAUUAUGUGAGGUUCCAAAAUAUGUAAAAAUAAUAAUAAUAAAAAAAGAUUAACAUCCCUUGUCAUCUUUUUUAAAUAUCCUAUACUCUUCAGUAAGAAUCUGUAUAUUUUAAUAGGUAAAUCUUUAAGUCUGUUCCCUUCUGAUUCUGUAUUAUACAUUGCUUUUGUAGAAAUAAAUGUGCAUUUCUUUCAUUAGUUUUGGAAUGUCCUCGUUGACACUUGUAUAAUAAAUACUCUCUUGAUAAUCAUUUUCAGCUUUUAUCACUAGAUACUGAACGUGAUUAGAAUGUCUUUGAAGGUUUUUUUCAUUUUUAUUUGCCUUACGUGAUUAUUUUGAGUUGUCAUAGUCAGAUCUUUGCAGCUUUCAGGGGGAACAUAGUUCUCAAAAUCUUUCACUAUUUUUUUCUAAUCUCCCUUGUUAUUUUAAUCUAAGCAUCCCCCCUGUUUCUCCUAUACAAAUCAUUAUUGGUAGAUAAAACAGUAUAAUUUGGUUGGCAUUUUCUUCAUGAUUAUGGGAGCAUCAUUCUUUUGUCUCCAUGGCUACUUGUGUGAUACAGCAUAUACAUCUGUUGAAGAAAAUAAUCACUUUCUAGGGGAGGGAGGUAGAAAAGUAUAUUCUAAACUUGGUUGAGUUUGUGGUCUUGUCUUAACUUUUGUGUUGGCUCUAACUGAAACAUGCCAAUAUGUGUUCUCAAGAGUUUUUUGUUAAGUAUUGUAUGAAAGUUUACAGAAUGAAGGAAGUUCAUCUACACUUGAAUCUGUAAGCAAGAUAACACACAAGUGUACCAAGUGAUUAUUUGUUGUUUUAUAAAUUUGUAUGAAUUUGGAGUAUCUGUUGCCAUUACUAUACAUGUGCAAAUAAAUGUGGCUUAGAUGUGUGA